AUGAAGGCUUUUAAACACAUCUGUACCCCAUUGAUCAUUGCUUUUUGCGCUGUUGCUUUUGUGAGAGGCAGCUCAUCGUCAUCCUCGGAAUCUAGUUCUUCUGACACUGGAUCCGAUUCCAAUUCCGGUUCAAAAACGAGCUCUGGGUCCAGCUCCAGGUCCACUUCAGACUCAGGUCCAGGUUCACAGUCUCAUGUCAGCUCUUGGCUUGCAAGUGACUUAAACACAGGUACCAACAAGCAUGAAAUUCCUUUACCACAAGCAAACGUCGACAAAAAUGCCAAGCUCAAGGAUGCUCAAAAAGCUAAGAAGAGCAAAUACAAUAAAAUUUACAGAGAAGAACAGAAGAGACUGAAUCCUUAUUUCCAUAGAGAUGCUUCCCGAAUAUUUCGAGAAAGACAUCGAAAUGAUGAAGAUUAUAAAGAAAAACGUCGUGCAGAAGGUAGAGCAUAUAGGCAAAAAAAACUUCAAGGAAAUUUCAAGAAGGCAAAAGCUGUACCGAACACAGCAUCGCGAGAGGUUCAGAGAGAACGUAAGCAAGAGCAAGGAGGAGCCAAUGUUGAAGGUGCAAUUUCUACAGCAAAACGUAAGCGGUUGGACAAAGAUCCCGAAGCAGACCACAAACGGGUGAGAAAGGGUACUGUUAGUGUACAGCAACGACCGAGCUCUCCUCAGGAUAAGUCAUCGCAGCGUAUUGCUAAUAUACAGUCACAUUCAGAACGAUUAUAUGUCUCACCAACAGACGAUCAUCAAAGUAUCAACCCUGCUCAUCCAAGAGGUCGUAAUAUCAUACGUCUAAAGUUACCACCAGAAACGCUCAAAAAACACUUCCCGCAAACAGACAAAGGGAAAGAUUAA